AUGGACUUCAGUAAUCAAUUUCGUUUGGAUAAUUUCGAAGACCGCUAUCAACGUAGAAUAACCAGAUUAGAUAAAAAGAAUAAAUAUGAACUAAAUAAAAAAUACGACAGAAUAAAUAAAAAACUCACAAGAGGUAGGUAAUAUAAACGUAAUACGUACAUAAGUAUUGAUUGUAAUUUUAUAACUUAUAAUUUAUAUAUUUUGAGGUGUCUAUAGUAAAGUUUAUACGUAACUAAUAUAAACACUAUGAUAGUUUAUAACAAUUACGUCCCUAAACAAUUUUUAGAAUGGAAUUUAAUUAAACAUUAACUCAUAUGUAAUAUUAUAUAUUAUUAUAUUUCACUGUAUAAUAAAAUUGUAUUGUAUAAAAUAAAUAUCAGUCGUAUUUUUUUACUAAUUCAUCUAUCACUUCAUCCACUGUAAUUUCAACUUCCCUAUGAAUGUUUAACAUGACCAAUCCAUUUAGUCUUUUAUAAAACAAAAGAACCGUUAAAUUAAAAUUUCUUAAAAAUAUCUUAUUACCUCAGAUUUUGUAUUUUGUAGAUAUGUUUUAAUUCUUUUGAGAGAUGAAAAAUCCGUUCAUUUAAUAAUAAUAACAAUAAUAUAAUAUUUGCAUUUAAAAAAAUUUACAUAGUAGACAAAUACAAUUUAAAUGCAUUUAAAUGUUGUCUCCGAAAGUCUAAGCUUGUGAAAGAAACAGUAGUUCUUAUCUACAAGGUGAGUUUAAACAAUUUUAACAUAUCAACAACAACAAAUAUUCUAUACAAUAAAUUAUCCUCAAUUACAUCAUAAAACUAAACAUAUUAAUAAAAAUAAUAAAAUUAAAAGAAAAAACAGAACAAUGUUUAAAUGCAAUAGUUAAAUUUUAAUAGAUAAAGAUUUUUUUAUACAAGUUUUUAUUUUAUAUUAAACAUUUACUAUUUAAAGCCGAAGAUAUACGAGUAGGAAGUGUAGCCAAAAUUUGAAAUAACUUAUUUACGCCUGAAUAUAUGUCUGCAUUACACAACUACAGUGCAUCAAUGGAAUUCUUUUAUUUCAUUUCCAAUUUUUUAAAUUUCCUUUGCCACAGUUUGAACUCUUCUAUUAUUGAAUUAUUACCAUUUAAAAUUCGUUUGUAAAAUUCGACUAAUUUUUAAAAUUCCUAUUUUGGAGAAUUCUCAUCGAAAAAUGAGUAAGAACGUGACAAAAUAUCAAUACGAUUAAAAAAUUUAGAUGUUAAUUGAUUUUUUAAAGAGUCAAGGUAUGAAAUAAAAACCUAUAUGCGAAAAUAUUCUUCAGGGUUAUUAGCUUAUACAUGUAUUCUGUGUACUUGUAAUUUAUUAAUUCUUAGAAUACCCAUUGUCAUAUUGAACUUGUCAGCAAUUCAACAUUUUUCUGAGCAUGUUUUCUAUAAUCUUCUAACUAGAUCAAAGUAUCUAGAGCUAAAUCCAUGGUUCAUUUUAAAUCAAUAUUAAUUCGUUGAAACUGUUUUAAUAGUGGGAGUCCAAAUACUUUGGAAAUAAUAAUUAACGUAAUUAUAAAUUCUGGUUGGAUAAUUGAAAUUAAGAAAGCAUCAGCUUGAUUCAGAGUGUCUGUAUGAUCCCACUUGAAAAUUUCUUCAAGAGCUUCUUUUAAACAUUCAAACAGUUUUAAAAAAAUCACUUACUGUCUACUGAAUGAUAUCAUUCAAUCCAUCGAAUUUCAUAAUUUCUUUUUAAUGAUUUUUUAGGAAUAUUAUUUUUUGACAUUUCUAAAGCUUUUGAUGGUUCAGAUUUUCGUUUCGGAAACACAAAAAAGUCUUUCAAUUUUCCUAUUGUUCCCAUACAGUUGCGUACUUGGGAAACGUUACAUGAUACCGAUACAGCAAGAUUCAAGGAAUGAGCGAAGCAAUGUACGUAUACAGCUAAUGGAUGUUCUUUUUUACAUACGCUUGAACUCCAUUAUAUUUCCCAGCCUUCGCUGUUACACUAUAAUAUCCCUAUCCCAAAGAUAUUAUGUAUCGACAACAAAUUUUCUGACAUUGUCAAGUAUAAGUCUUGAUAAACCUUUUCCAGAUGCAUCAGUUGUAGGAACAAACUGUAGAAACUCUUCGUGUAAUUCAAGAAAUUUUAAAUUUAAGGGUAUAAGAUUUUACAUGAUAUUAAUUAAAAUAUAAAAGCCACUAAUAUAUAUUUUAUUAUACAUUCAUACCUCUACAACUAUUGCUAUACACUCAAAUCUAUCAAUAAUCAGUUUUUCUGUGCGACAGUCUUUAUCACAAAGGUACCUUGCCUUUAUCGCACUUUAUAUUUAUCCACAACUUAGAAACCGUCAUUAGAAUAACAUUACUAUAAAUGUAUAAUUUCUAUACUUAUUACUUAACUAUGCUGCAGAAAAAUAUCUCUGUUUUCUUUUUUGCUCUAAGGGAGGGUCCAGUAUCCUUGGCCCCCCCCCCCCCCCGUAGAUACUCCACUAAUAAGUUUAAUUUCAGAUUUGCGUACUUUAAGUUGGCAACAUAAAGAAACGUCUAGAAAAACUUCUCAUCUAUAUACGAAUAUUUAUAAAAAUCAAAUAAGUAAACUAUCUUCUGAGGUGAAAGAUUUUAAAUGUGCGCAGAUACCUGAGUAUACAGUUAAAAUCGACAAACCCGGUAUAACUUAAAUUAUAGAUUACAAUAUAAAAAGUACCUACAUGAUUAUUUCAGUACAGUAUAAUUCAUGCAUCAUAACAAUAUUUAAAUAUUAGAUUUAGAACCUGAACGAUAUAAAUUUUCAAAAUACCUUCCUCGAGUACUCCGUGAGAGUCAAGAAAAAGAAGAAAUAACGAAUAAAUCGGUCUAUGACAAAAUGAAAACUUUACAUUGCGGUUUUAAUAUUUAUUUACUAUAAUACCUACAACUAAUAAACUUUAAGUAGGUAUUACAGUGAAGAUUUUAUUUAUUACAGAUAUUGGUAUUAAAUCGAAUAACUUGCAACAUUUAAAAACAAAUCAUAACGAAAAAUGUCAGGAAGAACUAUAUAAACAAUUCUAUAAUCCAUUGAACCAUGUAAAAAAUAAAAUUUUAAUAGAUUUUAUCAAAAGUGAUUUAAUAUACUUGUUAUAAAAUAAAUAUUUUUAUGUAACUAAAAUUGUAAGCGAAAACAGAUCGUUAUUAUUUCUUAUAUUUUAGACAUGGGAAUUGAAAUAGAAAAACAGCAUUUAUCGAAAAAGAUUAAUGAGAAAGAAAAACCAAUAUCGGACCAUAACAUAGAACCGGUUGUAGAGGAAAAUCGAAUAAGAUAUCCCGUAGAAGAGGAACAUGAAUUUGGACAGGAUUCGGAUAAACACGUAAACCUCUUCCAAAAUUUAUUACAAGGAAGAGCUUAUCAAACCAUGGUAAAAUACACCAUAAUAUCAAAAAUUUUCAAUAACCGUUAUUAAACGAUAUUAUAAUCACAACUUGGUUGUGCAGAUGAUUAUGGCUAAAAUCAGAUAUGAACCGCUUCUACAGCCAUUUUUAUAUCCAGAAGGAACUUUGGUGGAACAUUCAUCAACUAUUGCCGAAAACGUAAGUAAAAAAAAUGUACGAAAUGUGUUAGUAAAAAAGAUGAAUAUACUUCGUACGUGGGUGAGCCACUGUUGCAGAUAAGCAAUUGGGAAAAUAGAGAAAUUUAAUGUAUACCUGUACGCAACGAUUAACCAUUGCUAAUGAAAAACGAUUCUGAACGAAGUUCGAUUAAUAGUGUUGUUUUAUCAACAAUAUAUAUGACAAAAACCUUCGACGGAUUAAAUGUGUCCUAUUAUGAAAUUUUAAUAGUGCAAAUAAUAGUAAUGAUAAUAAUUAUAAUAGUUUUCUUUUCUGUAACACCAAAGUAACCCUUGAAUAAACAAAAUUAAAUAAAUAACCAAUUCGAUAUUCAUACCAAAUAUACCUAAAAACCUCUAUUUUAUCCCCUUAGGGGUGGAAUUUUCAAAAAUCCUUUCUUAUUGCACGAUGAAAGUAUUACAGAAACCACUAUUCCAAAUUUCAAGUGCGUUCGUUAAGUAAUUUUUGAGAUACAGUGAUCAGUGAGUCAGUGAUAUUUAGAUUUUAUAUAUAAUAUAUAAAUAUAUAUUUUCUUUAAUAAUAUUUGUUUAAUAUUUUCCCAUUUUUUCCCGGUUUUUACUAUGUUUUUCCCAUUUAUUAGAAAAACUCUUGGGAAAAUCAAAAAAUGACCUUUGUUCGAAAGUUGUUCACAGAAAGGCCGUAAUAUUUGUUUACUAAUACCUAUUUUUCAUAUAUUUUCCUGAAUUUCUCAGUUUUUCCUAUUUAUUGAAAAAAUUCCUAUGAAAAUCAAAAAAUGAUUACACUAAAUUACCACCCCGGAAAAAUUCUCUUUCAGAAAGAUGCUAUCCUAGAUACUUCGAAGCAAGAUUUCUGGUAGAAUUUUUAUACACAGUAUAAAAAAAAUAAUAAAUAUUUUUGUAAAACCAAUACCUUCUUCAUUACACUCAGAAUUUAAAAAACUCAAAAAUUAAUAUUGUUUAUCAAAAUAAACAAUAAACAAAUAAUAUUUUUUUGAAUAAAAAUAUUUAUCUAUUGACAGAAUGAUAAACAAGAGACCAUUACCAAAGACCAUAUAUUAGAAAACUCUACUAGAAGAUACGUUAGUCGAUUUUUAGAUACUAUUUCCAAAGAAGCAAUCAUUAAACACGAUGACGAAGAAAACAAACGUUUGAUUAAACUCGGAGAACUAACCAGGGUAAUGCGAGAAGCUGCAGAGGGUAACAGGAGGCACAAAGAAAUAACCGGACGCAAAGAACAAGACGAAAUACUCAAACAAGUAAUAUGAAUAUCGUUAUUAUUGAUUUUUUCGGUUUUUAUAAGAUUAGGUUACCUUUAAAAUAUAUUACAUAUAACUAGGUAUCUUAACCAAACAUUAAAAAUAUUGUCUAAAGAUAAAACAAUUUUGGAUGAACCAAUUUUUGAUUAAAAUCACACCAAAUAAACUACUUCCCCUACUUAAACUUAGAAGUGAAAUAUCUUGUCAACAGCUUGACAUAAAUCAAAAAUAUUAACACCAAACUAUAUUUAAACUAUACUCCGUCUAUUUAUAGCAUUUCUCAUGCAGGUUGCCAUUUGAACAUCAAAAGUAGGUAAUCAUUUCACUCCCAAGUAUAAAGGUGACAAAAUUUUAAAUUUUAAAAAAACUGGUUUCAUAAAUUGUCAAAGAAAAAAAAAUUAUGAAAAUAGUUAAUACUCUUCAAGAUAAUUAAUAUCUUAUCGAGAAUUAAUCAAUUUGAUUUUAAAUAAAAUCCAACAAUGAUGAAUAAAAUUAUUUAGCUUAAUUUAACGGAUGGAAUCUUUUAAAAAUAAGUGUAAUAUAAAUUGACAAGUGAAAAAAAAUCUAAAAAAAUUACCUUAAUAUAAUAUUUAUAACUUUUAAAAUAAAAAUGAAAUAAAAUAACCUUCUAUAUCAAAAUCCGCUGAAAAUAGAUAAGGUCGUAUAACCUUUAAAAUAACGCAUUGCCAUUGUAAAAAAUACUGUUAACGAAUAACAAAGUUACACUACCUAGGUAUUUACCUAGGUACAUUACUCCUAUAAAAAACUGCAUGCACUUUGUUCAAGGUAAUCAAAAUUCACCAAGACAUUAGUGAUCUUUUCUCGGAACAAUUUAUGGAAGAGGCGAUCGACCAGUGCGCUAAAGAAGAAGGUUUAAAAUUAAUACAAAUAGUAACAUCCAGACGGUCUAUUUUCAAAGCUGCAUUUUGCCAUAAUAAGUAUGUGACUACACGUAUAUUAAUGUGUUUUGUGUAAAGGUUUUUUUUUUUAAUUUUUAUAUUUAUAUUUUUUAUUUUUUUUUAGCAACAAAAAUUUCGAACCGGAAUUGGUACACAAUUUCAUAAUCCCGGAAACUUACAAAAUAAUUCACAGACAACAUACAAAUUAA